AUGCCUUCACCUAUGAUUGUUCACCAGCUCUUGCAAAUGCCAAUACCAACUUUCGAUGGAAGCUACGAAAGUAGGCCAAAAUUCAAAGCCAUGUUCAAGGAUCUGGUUGAUAAAUCACCCGACUCUCCAGCCAUCAAACUUUAUCACCUCGAAAAAGCUCUGGUAGGGCAUGCAGCUGGUCUCAUUGAUGCCAAGACCAUCAAUGAGGGAAAUUACAAACACGCCUGGAAAAUACUAGAGGAGAGAUUCGAGAACAAGCGUCACCUCAUUGACACCCACAUCGCCGGCUUGUUCAAUCUUCAGAAAAUUUCUAAGGAAAACCAUAAAGAGUUAAGAGCGUUAGUUGACGAGUGCUCUAGGCAUGUAGAGGGCCUCAAGUUUUUGGAUCAAGAAUUCACAGGUGUGUCUGAGCUGAUGGUGAUCCACUUGUUGACGUCAGCAUUAGAUAAAGAAACCCGUUUCCUCUGGGAAAGCACCGUCAAGAAUGGAAGCAUGCCAAGCUACUCCGAAACCAUUAAAUUUCUUAAAGAACAUUGUUUCAUCCUCGAACGCUGCAAUAGUUCCCCACCACAAACUAACCAGCAACAGCCGAGUCAAUACGGAAAUAAUUCUAUCCUAACGAAAUUUACGUCAGCAGUAACAACCAGCAAACCUCCUAUAUUGUGUGAUUUCUGCGGUAAGCGACAUCUCAACUUUACCUGUUCGGAAUUCAAGACUCUAUCGAUCCAAAGUCGACUCUCCAAAGUAAGGAAUCUAAAAAUGUGCUUUAACUGCCUGCGACGAGAACAUCGAAGCAUAAAUUGUUAUUCGAACAAAACCUGCGUCAAAUGCCAAAGACGUCACCACACAUUGUUGCACGCCGAAAACCAGACCAAACAUACCAAAUCGAACGCUAUGUUAAUGUUUCCACCUUUAACCAGGGAGCCUUUAAAGCAAACGGAAGCUGUAGCCCCAUUUAGUGAUCAUCCUACCGCUUACCGAUGUCCCUCAACUGGUCCAGUUGUUCAAGCAAACACCGCUUUCAUCGAGCAACAGUAUAAAUCCAAUAUUGAACAUUGUGUAGCGCAGAGUGAUAUCAACUACCACAGUCUACUCAAACAAAUCGAAGCUUUGAUACGUUCUAGCCUUGAUACGACAAACCCGAAUCUGCAUUAA